AUGGAUGACGACCGUUUCGAUGCUCAAGGUCUCCUGGAGUCGAUCGAGCUCACAAGGCAAGCUGAAGCCUUCCACCACGAAAUAUCGUGUCUCCGCACAUGUGCGAACGCUGAAGUCGGGGUGAUUUUGGACCGUAUCAAGCGCAUGAAGGCGGAUCUGCGAGGGCCCUGGUCGCCUCCUCGCGGGGGUGUAUUGUCGCCACCCGCGAACCACGAAGCAGAACUACCAAAAGCUCGCGCAUUGGUCCAUUCUCGACUGGAGUGCUGCCUCUUGCACAUGUUUAUCGGACGACCCUUUAUCCUCGCGCACCGUCACGCGCGGACCAAUGCACAUUCCAAGGACGCCAAUGCCGCAUCCCCAGAAGUACGCCAGAGGAAAGCAUCCGAGUCCCACUCACAGUGGGACUUCUUGGUCCAAGACUGCGUUGCGGCCGCGAAGGAAGUUAUCAGCACAUGUCAAAUCAUGCAAACGGGCGACAUGGGCCUUGCAAAGUCGUCAUAUGCCGAAUACAGUUCCUGCCGCGCGUCCCUGCUGGUCUUGAUCGCCUAUAGCAUAUGUUACCGGACGAACGAGUUCGCAAACACCCUACAAGUAGGUCUUCAGGCGAUCAGAGAGAUGGCUUCGGCGGGCGAUUCCGCGCGUUCAGAAGUGUCGCUCCUAGAGACACUGGAAGCGGCGCUGCAUCGACUUCACGUUUUCAAUCCAUUACCCAGUCAACCUGCGGUCACGGAAGCAAAUGAUGCAGCUGAAGAGGGCUACAACGGUCUUCUUAACUGGUAUAAGAAAGCAGAAAAGUCCACAGUCCCUCGUUUUGGGCCUCCAGCAUCCGGACAUGCAAAUGUACAGGCAGCAACGGCGCAGGGCCCAAAGAUAACACCUAACAGAACCGAUGCAACAGUGGAUACCAUGCCAAGCUAUGUACCCCUUGAUGGCUAUCCGUUCGAUUUCGAUCUACUUAACUCGGAUGGAAGCGAGGCGUUCUUCACCUCAGACUUUGGUGACCAUGGUAACGCAGAGAGGGAGUUCUUUGAGAGCCUUUCAUGGUUACCGAAGUGA